AUGCUAUAGUUAUCAUAAAUAUAGAAAUCAAAUCAAGUGCAAUCCUUAAAGCAAUUGAAUAGAUUUAAUUUAAAUUCAAGAAAUAGAACACUUGAUAAUACAGAAGCCAGUAAAAUGAGAGCUAAAUAUAUAAUUCAUGAUAAAGAGAGUCUAUAUGAAGAAGUUUAAAAUCUGAAAUAAGAAAACAAUCAAUUAAAAUUAGCAUUACGAUAGUUUUAAUCUAAAAAUUAAUAUUUCAAGAGAGAAGUGCAAUCAUUUAUAAAAGAAGAUAGUUCUUCUUAGAAGAAUUAUAUUAGAAUGAAAUAAGGGUUUUUGGAUAAAAUAACAAAGCUGGAGGUAUAUUAUUUAUUAAUGUAGGAUAUGAACUUCAAAUUGUAACAAUAAUUAUAGGAAUAAAUAUCAUAUAUGAAUUAAUUACAGAGUCCAUAGAACAAAAACAAUGUUGAAGGAUUGUGUAUGUCUUUAAGUGAGGAUAAUAUGAGAAUGACGUAAUUAAUUUAACAAUUAGAAUAGUCAGUUAUAUAAACAUAAGUACUGAAAAUUAAUUAAAUUUAGAAUAAUUACAGUAAAAUGAACAUUAAAUAUAAUGCAAUCUUAAAUAAAUAUAAAUAAAUCAAGAAUCUUAAUGCAUAAUUGUUAUUAGAAAUUGCAGAACUAAAAAAAAAAGACACAUUAUUUUUAGAAAGACCUUAAUAGAAAGAUAAUAAGAAAAUUGAAGAACAAUUACAGUUGGGUUAUGAUUAAGCAUUGGUUGAUUUAAGAAAUGAAAAAUAAAAGAAUAAAUAUUUGGAAAAUCAAAUGUAAAAACUUUAGGCAGAUCAUUAAGAAUAAAUAGAUAAUCUUGAAAAAAGAAAUGCUGAAUAAAAGAGACAAUUUGAAACUUUAUAAAGAGAAUAUGAAUUAGAAAAAUUAUAAAAAUAUUAAUCUAAAAGAACUAUAUUAAUAAAAAAUAAUGGUCCUUAACAACCUGAAGAAUAAGGAUAAUUAUAAGAAGAAAUUGAAUUAUAAAAAAAGAAAUUUAUAAAUGUUGAUAAAAAUGAUAUUUUAGCUAUAGCAAGAUAAGUAAAAUUGAAUUUGAUUGGAUUAAAGAUUUCAUUAUAAUAAGUAGAAGAAUACUUAUUGACGGAUGAAAUACUAACUUAAUAAUAAUUAAAAUAAAAUUUAUCAAAUAGAAUCUUUGGUUUAUCAUCAAAUGAAUAAGUUGAAAUGGCAGCUAUUUAUUUAGCUGAUGUUGAAAAUGAAACAGAAACAACUACUAGUGCUAGAGUAAAAAGUAUCUUUAAAACUUUGAUGGAAAACUAUUAAAUCUUAAAUAUAGAAUAACUUAGUAAUAUAAAUCAAUAGAUAAUGAAAAAAAAGAAUGAAAUAUCAGACAUUUUAAUUAAAAAAUAUCCAGAUACUUACACUAGUGGAUAUAUUACAAUUGAUGUAAAUCUAUUUAAUAAAUAAUAGUCUUAUUUAGAAAUACUUAAUUAAGUUGAAAUUUAAUUAAGCAAAAUAGAAAUUGAUCAUUUUUAUGCUUUAAUCUAAAGAUAAAAUAGAUCAUCAAGAAUAUUUCUAUAAUAAAUACAUUCCCCUUUUGAUGUAAGUUAAGAAGAAGAAGAUAUAGAUGAAUAAUAAUAGAAUUUUAAUAUUGGAGAUGUUUAACCAUAAAGUGUAAAAAUGUCAAAUAGUGAAAUGUUAAUAAUCAAUAAUCAUAAAGAUUCUGAAUUAGUUAAUUUGAUUGAAGAUGAUGAUGAUAAUAUAUAAAAAUCUAAUUAAAAGUAGGUUGAAGACCAUAUACAGAAUGAAAACAAAAAUAAUGAAGAAUAACUAAAGUAAUCAAAUAAAUUGAAUUUGGAAUUGUCAGUUGAAGAAAAGAAUCCAUUCCAUGACGUGUAGCAUGAAGAAUCUGAGAUGAAAAUGAUUAAUUCGUAAGAAUUAAGAAAAUAAAGUUAACCUGAAUUAUAAUAAUUUUGA